UGCGCCUCCAGAGAGGCGCGCCUGGACCAGGCCCGGUGCCCCGGUGACCACCCGCAGCCCAGCGCCAGGCCUGCGGUGCCAGUGCCCGUAUACCUGCCCUUCCUUCUUGUUGGGUCUGUAUUUGUGGCAUUUGUUGUUGGCGGAGCCUGUGUUGGAAUCUGCUGCUGCAAAUGCUUAAAAUCCCAGGACGAGGAGCAGCAAAGUGGAUUUGCACCUGGCCAGACCUGGCUGCUAGAACCUGACCUUCCCUCUCACCUCUCCACUUCCAGUUCUGCCACCAGAAGCUCACCAGGUAGUGGUCCUCAGAGCAGCAGCAUCUGCAUGACUCUGGCUCCAUCCCUUCCUCCACCCCUGCCCAUUCUUGGGCUGCCUGAAGAUGCUCGCUUCCUAAGCCCCGCAGCUGGCAGUGGACAACUCUUGCACCCUUCAUGUGCUACCCACAGAAUAGCCACUGACCGCACUGCAGUAAUGCCUCCAGCAUCCUUCCCUAAAAGAACAGUUUAUGGGCAUGGUGCUCACACAUCUCUUGGG